AACAGGCAAACACUACUCAACAAAGAAGACAAAAAUGAAGUUGGGGGAAUGCUAUCUGGACAUCAUUCUGGUGCCUCUGGGGAUUCUCAUGUCCAUGGCUUACCACUGUUGGUUGUGCCAUGAGGUUCGAACCAAGCCCCAUUCCACCGUCAUCGGAACAAAUGCCACCGCACGACGCUCCUGGGUCUCGGCUAUGAUGAAGGACAAUGACAGAAAGAACAUCUUGGUUGUCCAAACAUUACGGAACGCAAUCAUGGGAUCGACACUCAUGGCCACCACUUCCAUUGUCCUCGGAACCGGCCUAGCCGCCGUCCUCAGCAGCACAUACGCCAUCAAGAAGCCACUGAAUGACUCCGUGUUUGGCGCCCACGGUGAAUUCACGGUGUCACUCAAGUACGUGACUAUGCUCUGUUUUUUCCUCUUUUCCUUCUUCUGCCACUCCCUUUCCAUCCGGUUCAUUAACCAAGCCAGCUUCCACAUCAACCUUCCCCCUAAUCCCAUCUCCAUCGCCAACCCGGCUUACGUAACGGAGCUCCUAGAGAAGGGAUUCCUCCUCAACACCGUGGGAAACCGGCUUUUCUACACAGCUUUGCCUCUCCUCCUCUGGAUUUUUGGACCACUGAUGGUGUUCCUCUGCUUUGCCAUCAUGCUACCGGCGCUCUACAAUUUAGACUUUUCAUUGGCUUGUGGAACCACGAAGAUUAAUGAUGCAAAUGGAAGCGAUGGAUUUGCAUCGGUGGCUGUGUGAAUUGUCAUGAUUAAUUUGUAACAUCAUGUCACAUUCUUCGAUUUUGCCCCAUAUACAGAGCAUAGGCAGUUAAGCAAGUGCAUUAAGAAAUCAAAUCCUCUAUACUUCUGUGGCUCAUUUUAUUACAAAGGGAAGGUAACGCCUUCUUUUGAUGGAUGUAUCAAAAUAGAUAGAUAAAUAAAUAAAUAAAGGACCAUUUACAUU